ACGAACCAGAUGAAACUGCACGAUGAUAAGGUUCCAAAUUCUCAAGGUGUUCAGCCACAAGAUUAUGUACUAAUUAGCUUGCGAGUAUGAUUAGUCCAAUUACGAAUCCGAUACUUCUAAUGAUAACAAUGAAUUAUGAUAAAAGAGCAGAUAUUUCCAAUGAUAACAAAGAGUCGAGAUAAAGAGCAGAGACGAUGAUGUUGAGUGAGGAUGAGGGAGAUGAAGAAUGGUAUUCUGUUGGGGAAAAAAAGUUUGGUGCCUAAAGUGCAAAUAGUUCAGAGUUGAAGGAGUCAUUAUUGACCCAAGAAAUGCUCACAAUUGUACAUUUCAAGAUGAAGAGAGAGGGUCGACAGCACGGGAUGGUUAGGACUUCUCGGGUCCUACCGCCCCCGUAUAACCCUCGAGAGGGAUCCCGGCUCAUCAACAGAUUGGAUUCGCCCCCGACCGCUGGCUUGUUCGCCAAAGUGUCAUCGAAGCCCACGAACCACUCCAAGUUCACAAGUAAGUGUUGCAAGGCCCGGUGCACCGAGUGCCACAUGGGCCCCAUCCAGAAGUCCAAGGACAAGACCAAGGGAGCACAGAAAUUGAAGUCCAAUGAUGUCGUCUCGAGCCACCGGUUGAUCACCUGGCGGGUUGUGGAUGGCAGACAUGGCUCAAACUUUGCCGGCCUUUCUGCCACGGGGCUGCUGGAUCACCUUGCAUAUGAGUCCACCGACAAUGAUCAGAGCUAUGAUCAUGAAUACGAUGCUUCUGAUGAUGAUGAUGAUGUGCCGGAAACGAGUACCAGUAAACUGGAUGGUGGGGAAGAUCGUGGUUUUCGUAUCGAUGGAGAUGAUUAUGACGAAAAUCUGAGCUUUUUUGAUGUGGGGCUGGUGUUGAAUCAGGUUGAAGAAGAUGAAGAAGGUUGGUGUUUGGUUGGAGAAAAUAUCAUUGGCUGAAUAAUGGACCAUCUUUCCUCGCAAAUAAUGCAAUCUAUUUUAAUUUUGUGUGUUGUUUCUCUUUGUAAUUACAUUUAUAUGGAUAAUUUCAUUUGAAUAAAUAAUAUAUUAUGUAAUAAUUUCCAGAGAUUGCGUGGGCAUUUACACCAAAGUACUUUUAUUACAAUUUUAUCUUGUACUUCGAA